AUGCCCCCCUGCCCCGACGCCCCUAGAUCGGGUGAAGAUUACGAGGACGGGGACCUGUGCGAGACUUUUGAGGACGUUUUGAAAAUCGAGAACGGGCAGAUUACACCAAGGGCCAGGGGAGGAGGACCGGGCAGGGCCCAGCAGGGAAAGAAGAUGCACAAGGGGCCCAGGCACCCAGAACCGAGACGACCAGCCAAGGUGAUGAUGAGUUUCGUCGGUGAUGGGAUGACUUUGGCUCUACUUACGGGCAAGGAAAUAGGCGGCCCAGGAGUCAGCAUCAAAGAAGAUCUCAGCGAAGAUGUCAUUGAAGAUACAUGCCUUGAAAUAAAAGAGGAACCACUAGAUGGGGAUGAAGGGAGAAAUGAUGUGUGUAAUGUGAAUAUAAGGCAUGAAUGUCAUUUCUAUUAUGAUCUUCAUGAUCUAAAACAUGAGUUACAUGCAAAAGACUCGAGUAACUUGGUUCACAAUUGUAAUGACAUGUCAAAAGUGUCAUUUAGGGCUAAGGACUGUGGGAAGACGUAUUCAUCAGAUGGGGUUCAAGUGAUGUAUGAAGAAAGACAGAAGGAGGAUGCACAACUAAAAGUGGAAUCCAAAAGGAAAUGUUUUGCAUGUGAGGUGUGUGGAAAGGAAUUGUCACAAAAGAGUCACAUCAGCAUUCACAUGAGAGUCCACACAGAGGAGAAGCCAUAUAAUGAAAUUUGCAACAAUACCUUCUCACGAAAAAAUAAUUUGGUGACACAUAUGAGAAUACAUGCAAGUAAGAAGCCAUACAGCUGUGAGAUUUGCAAUAAAGCCUUUUCUGAGAGAAGUCAUCUUGUAAAGCACACUAGAGUACAUACAAAGGAGAAGCCUUAUAACUGCAAGAUUUGCAACAGUGCAUAUUCAAGAAAAAAUAAUCUGGUGAGACACAUGAGAACACAUACAAAGGAAAAGCCAUACAGCUGCGAGAUUUGCAAUAAGGCCUUUUCUGAAAGAGGUCACCAAGUAGCGUGCAUUAGAGUACACACCAAGGAGAAGCCAUACAGUUGUGAAAUUUGUAAGAAGGACUUCACAGAAAAAUCUAGUCUAGCAAGGCAUGUGAGAGUACAUACAAAGGAGAAGCCAUACAAAUGUGAGAUUUGUAACAAGAACUUUUCGCUUAGAGCUAAUCUAGUGAGUCAUAUGAGAAUGCAUACAUAGGAGAAACCGUACA